UGACGUAGGGACUGGAAACUUAAACCGAUACCACUCUAAGGGUUGGGGCUGGUGUUAUUGUUCGAAGAGUUUGGGAAAAGUCGAGGCUUUUUAAUUUAGUUGGGCAUGUAAGCUAAACUCAGAAGCAUGGCGUGAUUGAAUAUGAGCUGCACAAAUGCCGGACCUGAAUGUUUAUUUUGAUAUUUUAGCAUUGCAUUUAGUCCGCUUUAGGUUAGCUAACAAGCUCUGUCCCAAAGAGAACGAUGGAUGCGCUGGUGUCGGAGUUAUUUGGGUCAACGAGCGGCCACAGCUCCGGUGGAUCUCAGGGAUCUGUCUCCAACCACAAGUCGGGAACUGGGAACGGGGUGGUCUCUAAAAAGGCUAGUGGAAAAAAUAAGAAAGCAAGAACUCGAUUCCCUCGCAACUUCAAACCAAACAAUAACACCCCGUAUCUACCUCCGGAGGCUGAGGAGGGGAAUAUAGAGUACAAGCUUAAGCUGGUGAACCCAACGCAAAACCGCUUUGAGCACCUGGCAACGCAGAUGAAAUGGCGACUGCAGGAGGGUCGGGGUGAAGCUGUCUAUCAAAUAGGUGUUGAGGACAAUGGCAUGCUGGUGGGCCUGUCCGAGGAGGAGAUGAGGGCGUCAUUGAAAACUCUUCAUAGGCUGGCUGAGAAAGUGGGAGCUGACAUCGCAGUUCUUCGAGAGCGAGAGGUAGAUUACGACUCCGAUGUUCCUCGGAAGAUUGCCGAAGUUCUCAUACGAAAGGUGCCAGAUGACCAGCAGUUCUUAGAUCUACGAGUGGCAGUCCUGGGUAAUGUGGACUCUGGUAAGUCCACUCUUUUGGGUGUUUUAACACAGGGAGAGCUGGACAACGGACGGGGAAGAGCGAGACUCAACCUCUUUAGACAUCUGCAUGAAAUCCAGACUGGGCGCACCUCAAGCAUCAGCUUUGAGAUCCUUGGCUUCAAUAGCAAAGGAGAGGUCGUAAAUUACAGUGAAUCUCGGACUGCAGAGGAGAUCUGUGAGAGCGCCUCUAAAAUGAUCACGUUCAUAGAUCUGGCCGGACACCACAAGUACCUGAAAACCACCAUCUUUGGCCUCACCAGCUACUGUCCAGAUUUUGCUAUGCUGGUUGUUAGCGCAAACACUGGCAUUGCUGGUACAACAAGGGAACAUCUGGGUAUCGCCAUGGCCCUGAAGGUGCCCAUCUUCAUUGUUAUCAGCAAAGUAGACCUCUGCACCCGCGCCACAGUGGAGCGCACUGUGCGGCAGCUUGAGCGGGUCCUGAAACAGCCAGGCUGCAACAAAGUGCCCAUGGUUGUUAGCAGUACAGAUGAUGCAGUAACAGCAGCACAGCAGUUCGCUCAGUCACCCAACAUCACUCCUAUCUUCACCUUAUCCAGUGUGACUGGUGAGAGCUUAGAUGUGCUGAAGGUCUUCUUUAACAUCAUCCCUCCUCUUAGCAACAGCAAGGAGCAGGAAGAGCUCAUGCAACAGCUCACAGAGUUUCAAGUUGAUGAGAUCUACACUGUUCCUGAAGUGGGGACGGUGGUGGGUGGUACUCUGUACAGCGGUAUUUGUCGUGAGGGAGACGAUCUUGUGGUAGGGCCAACUGAGUUAGGCCAGUUCCACAGGCUAACUGUUGGCAGCAUCCAAAGGAACCGCUCAGCAUGCAGGGUGCUCAGGGCAGGGCAAGCUGCAACGCUUGCUCUGGGGAACUUUGACCGCUCGCUACUGCGCAAGGGUAUGGUCAUGGUGAGUCCAGAGAUGGAUCCAACCAUCUGCUGGAUGUUUGAGGCUGAGAUUGUCCUGCUUUUCCAUGCAAAGACCUUUCAUAAGGGCUUCCAGGUUACUGUGCACAUUGGCAAUGUGAGACAGACUGCUACAGUGGAGGCUGUGCAUGGCAAGGAGGAGCUGAGGACAGGAGAGAAAGCAGUGGUUCUCUUCAAGUUCAUCAAACACCCAGAAUAUUUGAAGGUGGGGGCCAAGGUGCUCUUCAGGGAGGGCGUGACCAAAGGUAUUGGUCAUGUCACCAGCCUGCAACCCAUCUCCCAACACCACCAACAUUUUCAAUCACAGAAUGAGAAAGAUUAACAUUUUUUUAAGGAAAUCUCCAGUUUGACAACUCCGUCCCGGCCCAAAAACCAAGGUGCUUUAUUAAAAAUACAUCCGACCUCCCAAACAGACCACUUGGAACUCUCCUAGCACAGUAAAUUUCUACUGCAGGACAUUUAUUUGUAAACUUCUUCCAAAGCCUCUUUACCUUCUCACUUGUUUCAUCUUCAGGUUUAAAAAUGACUGAUAAGUUUGAUUCUAAUACUUGUUCUUAGGUACAUUUGUUGACUCUAUAUAUAAGAAACCCAUUGAAGCCUAACAUGACAUCCCACUGAAAUGUCUAAAUUUUUAGAAAGAGAAAAGAAAAAAAGAGAAAUUUUUAAAAUUGUCAUGUGUUUUCAAGAGCUGCUAAAUGCACUCCUCAUGCAAACACAUUUUUCUGCACUGAACUUUCAAAUGCCAGCGAUAACAUCUGUGUGGUGGAUUUUAUUCUUGCAGAGAAUGAGACUGUUUGACAUUAAUGCCUAAACAGUAUCACUGUUAUGAAAUACCCGACAUCAUACGUGACCAAUAGAAACAUUUUAUACAAGCACAGAGCUUGAUAAACCACUGAUCUGACUAUUAAAGUUCUCGUAGUUGGAUUAUACACUAAAACUGCCAUGAAUAACCAGCUUUUUUAUGGGGGAGGAAAAUGAUUUUUUCACUGCAAAGAUGACUGCCAACUCUAAAAAAAAA